CAGGGGCCGGGCCGGCGCCGGAAGCGGCGGGGCCGGGAGAUUAAAGCGCCGAGCAGGGCCGCUGCUGCUCCCGGCUGUCUCCGCCGCUGCAGCCCCACGUCCCGCCCGCUAUGGAUGCGCGGGCCCGCGCCAAGCGUUACGAGAAGUUGGACUUCCUUGGGGAGGGGCAGUUUGCUACCGUCUAUAAAGCCAGGGACAAGACGAACAACCGAAUCGUGGCUAUUAAGAAGAUUAAACUGGGGCAUAGAUCAGAAGCUAAAGAUGGAAUCAACAGGACUGCCCUCAGGGAGAUAAAACUGUUACAGGAGCUAAGCCAUCCAAAUAUUAUUGGUCUUAUCGAUGCAUUUGGACACAAGUCAAAUAUUAGUUUGGUAUUUGAUUUUAUGGAAACAGAUCUAGAGGUUAUUAUAAAGGAUACAAGUAUUGUGUUGACGCAGUCUCACAUCAAGGCAUAUAUGCUGAUGACACUUCAAGGAUUAGAAUAUUUACAUCAGCAUUGGAUUUUACACAGGGAUCUUAAGCCAAAUAACUUGUUGCUAGAUGAAAAUGGAGUUUUAAAAUUGGCUGACUUUGGCUUGGCGAAAUCUUUUGGAAGCCCAAAUAGAGUUUAUACACACCAGGUAGUAACAAGAUGGUACCGAGCGCCAGAACUGUUGUUUGGGGCUAGAAUGUAUGGUGUUGGUGUUGAUAUGUGGGCUGUUGGUUGUAUUUUAGCCGAAUUGCUCCUCAGAGUUCCUUUUUUGCCUGGAGACUCUGAUCUUGACCAGCUGACAAGGAUAUUUGAAACUCUGGGCACUCCAACAGAAGAACAGUGGCCUGGGAUGACAAGUCUUCCAGAUUAUGUCACGUUUAAGCCUUUCCCUGGAAUGCCACUUCAACAUAUCUUCAGUGCAGCUGGUGAUGAUCUGCUCAAUCUUCUUCAAGGCUUAUUCACAUUUAAUCCUUGCACUAGAGUAACAGCUACUCAGGCAUUGAAACAGAAAUAUUUCAGUAACCGACCAGGACCAACUCCAGGAAAUCAACUGCCAAGACCCAACUGUCCUGCAGAAGCUGCAAAGGAGCAACAAAAUACAAUUUUGAAUUUAAAAAGGAAAAGAACAGAAGGAAUAGAUCAAGGAUUACCAAAAAAACUGAUUUUUUGAUUGCUGUGGAUGAUGAAUGAAAACGAGUGAAAAUUCCCCGAGUCCCAGCCAUUGAUAAAAUGCUGUAAUAGUCCCUGGAUCAUUAUUUUUCAAUAUUUUCAUGUGUAAAAUAUGAAUUUACUAUUUCCUUACUGACAUGAAAGUUUCACUAAUCCUUCUUUUUGCAAUAAAAAUGUUUUUAAGACAAAAAGAUUUUUUUAAUCUGGCUUGCUGUCUUGUUUGAGUCAUGCUCUGAGACAAUAACUGUCAAAGCUGCUUGCAGGCUACAGGUGUACACAGACUAAUUUUACAGAACCUCUGUGCUGAGUCACAUGCUAUUCUGAUGUAUCCUAAGGGCAAAGACUACAAAUAGCAUUUUCUUCUCACAUGUAACUUAGAUGAACAUAUGUCUGUCUUCCAGACCAAUAAUAAAAAUGUAAAAAUGUAAUGAAAGGGUAGGAUUUUUUUGGUUUCAGUUAGUAGGCUCAAGUAUUAAGAAACGAGUUUGCAUAUACUCUCACAGCAGUCGUGGAUUAAGACUUCUCCAAACACAGACCCACUACCUUGAAAACAGUAUGAAGUGUCGAAAGAAUGUGAAUUGUUUGGAAGGGUUUUUUUUUCCCUAUUCCAGUCUUGCAGGAGAAGUUACCUGAGAACAUGGAAAUACUGUUUCCUUCAAAACCCUGAAGAUUGCAGUGAGAGACAGAGGAGGAAGACCCAGCUGGGGAAACUACAGUAUACUAGUCCUCCUGUCAGCCUGUGUCUGUAUAACAAUCCAUAGUGCAGACACUGGACUCAUCUUUGCCUGAAUUCCAGUAUGGAGAGGUAGCAAAGUUUCUGCUGGGUAACCAAACUUCUGCAGUGGAGGGAACCAAGCUUACGUAUGCUGUUGCUGCAUCUUAACCAUGUGCCCACUGCUGUUGUGCAGUGGAUCUCAGGGAUACCUGCUGAGCCAUUGUCAUCUUCUGCCUUUGAACCACAUUCAGUACUCUCUUUUCUAAUUUUGCAGCAAGUGCAGUAGUUCAAGACUUUGAUGCUUGUAGAGGAGCAGCAAUGCUCAUGUGUUCCUUCGUUCUGCUGCUACUUGAGCUAAUGUAAAGUAUUAGGCCUUGUAAGGGAGAAGAGGUAGUAUUUCCCAGUAGCCAACUGUGUUCUGUAUUGGUUGUUGGCAGUUGAAAAGUAAGCAGAUCUCCUAAGAUCUAAUUGAUGGUGUAGAGAGAAGUUUUAUCCAUUAACAUUAGUUGUAUAUGUUUUUGUUUAAUCAAACAUCAUCCUCCUUAUUGCAGGCUAGAGGAUUAAGAUAACCACAGUCCUGCUUCUCACUGG